UUUACAAAACAGCUGAGUUUCACACCCCCUUAAUCUCUCUCUCUCUCUCUCUCUCUCUCUCUCUCUCUCUCUCUCUCUCGUUUACAUGUUCUACUUAAAGAUGGUAUUGUCUCAGGGAGCACCUUUUCCUUUUUCUCAUUGGCUUCAGUUAAAGUAGGAGGAAUUCUGGUGUUUUCAAUGGUUAAAGCGGGUUUAUAUCUCAAUCCAUAUUUACAGUUUCUUCUUUUCCUCCGCUCUCUUAUUUCCUUCUUCCGCUCCCUUCUUUCUUUUUUUCCUCUUUUCUUCUAUUCAUUCCAGAAUACAGAUAGACAGGGUUCAUCUUCUUUAUCGUGGGUUUUCUUAAAUUUCCCGUUUUAGAUAGAAUCUGAUCGAACAAGAAUUGAAGCUCUCAAUAUAUUUUGUUUAUGUGCUCAGUGGACGUGUUUCAAAGUUUGUCAGCUUCUCACUUCCCACUUGAUGUAUCUCUGAAUUUCAGAAAAGAAAGGAUAGACUUUUGGUUUCCUGGAGUUGAACUUCUCUGAUCUUCGAAACCGUUACGAAGUUUCUAUCGACUCAAAAAGCAUUUUUUUUUCUCUUCUUUGCACCAUCAAAUCUCAAUUCAGAUGAUAUUCAUUUCUUGCUAUUUGUGGCGAGUUCGAGCUAUAGGGAGCUGGAUCAGGAGAACUUGAAGAAGAGCAGAGUCUUGCAUAAGGAUGAGAAUUUCGUAACAACUUUUUAUCUCAAGUUGAGUAGAAGAAGAAGCGAAAACGUCUGUAGUGUAUGUUAAAGAGCCAUGAAUAAGACUCACAUAGGCUCUAUCAGCAGCUCUGAUCUUAUUGACGCGAAGCUCGAAGAGCAUCAAAUGUGUGGAUCCAAGCAGUGUCCUGGGUGCGGACAAAAGCUCGAACGAAAACCGGACUGGUUAGGUCUUCCGGCAGGAGUAAAAUUUGAUCCAACAGAUCAAGAACUCAUCGAACACCUUGAAGCAAAAGUUGCAGGGAAGGACUCUAAAUCUCACCCUCUGAUAGAUGAGUUCAUUCCUACGAUUGAAGGUGAAGAUGGAAUUUGCUAUACCCAUCCGGAAAAACUACCAGGAGUUACAAGAGAUGGCUUGAGCCGGCAUUUUUUCCACAGACCAUCCAAGGCCUACACCACCGGAACAAGAAAGAGAAGGAAAAUUCAAACUGAAUGCGAUCUGCAAGGUGGUGACACCCGGUGGCAUAAAACCGGCAAGACCAGACCUGUAAUGGUGAAUGGCAAGCAGAAAGGGUGCAAGAAAAUUCUAGUACUCUACACCAACUUCGGCAAGCAUCGGAAACCUGAAAAAACCAACUGGGUCAUGCACCAAUACCACUUGGGUCAGCAUGAAGAAGAGAAAGAAGGCGAGCUCGUUGUGUCCAAGAUAUUCUAUCAGACACAACCCAGACAAUGUAAUUGGUCAGAUCGAAGUGCAACCACCGGCGAAGGGAGCAAUGAGCCUCUCCGGAGAGACAGUGGUAGUGGGAGCUGUUCUUCCAGAGACGUCAGUGCUCAGAGAGAUGAACUAUCCGCUGCUGGGUCUGUAAUUUCAGGCUACAGUGUCAUGGAUAUUGAACACAUGAAAUCUGAUCAUUUUAGCUUUGCCCCAUUCAGGAAGAGCUUUGAUGAGGUAGGAAUGAUAGAAGCUUCAAAGGCAAGAGAAAUCACAGCAGCCCGCACGUGCGAAGAGCAUGAAGAACAAGAUCACCAGAGACUACAGCAUGACGUGACCCAUGAACAUCAACAACAACAUCAUCAGGUCACCAUGGCAGCCUUCCAUGUCAGCAGGCCUUCGCAUCCUAUCUCUACCAUCAUCUCUCCACCCCCCCUCCACACCUCCAUUGUUCUUGAUGAAGACCCCUACAAUGUAUCAACAAUAAUCCUCCAAAAUGAAAAAUAUCAGCACCAGCAUCAACAUCAUAAACUUGGUGGAAGGGCUGCUUCUGGGUUGGAGGAGAUGUUGAUUGGUUGCACUUCAACAGACAUCAAAGAAGAGUCAUCCAUCACAAGCCCACAAGAGGCAGAAUGGUUAAAGUACUCCUUCUGGCCAGACCCUGACAACCCGGAUCAUCAUGGGUAACAGCAAAAAUAGAGGAAAUUAGAAAAAAAAAAAUCCUGACAGACAACAUGAUGCUCGACAUCAUCACCGGUACUUAAAACCCUGCAGCUCUUUCGAAGAAGAAGAAGAAGCAGCCAAGAACCCUUAUGGGGUCUUGUUCAUUUCCUUUCUUUUCUAGGGUUUCGGACAAAGGGCUCGUAACUGAGCCAAGCAAACUGUACAACAAUCAAUGUUACAAAAGGAAAUAAAUAAAAGAACAAGCAAGCGGGAAAGAAAGAAAGGAAGGCUGCUCUAGCUGACAAUAGAAGGAGAACCAAAGACCCAAAGCAAUUAAAUCAUGCAUGAAAAUCAUCACCAUCAUGAUUACAGGAUCGUCUUUAUCACUAUUCUUAUUAUUCUGUUUUUUGGGUGGUUUUAGUUACUCUCUCAUUUCCAUUUUGUUUUAAUACGUAAAACGAAAGGAUUUGUGUAAAAGACACAGGCUAUUUGCUGCGGUUGUCACUUGUCAAUGCUUACCAGUAGAGUAUAGAAGGUGAAGUUAGAAAGGUUAUUUUUUUUUCUUGUUUACCUACCAAAACAGAUGUGAAUUGGAUCCACUAAAGUUUCCUCUUUUGGAAAAAUGAGACCAGUUGCAUAGUUUAUUUCA